GUCGAGGACUGUGCAGUUUUCAUCGUUGGGAGGGUAGAGCUGGCGGAAUUAUGGCUGCGUUGAAUUAAACCUUCCUAAAACUCUUUGCUGCCGAGAACAUUUUAGACAAGCAGCAACAAGGAAAAAAAAAAGAUUUGGGAAAACUUGUAGCAACCUUUCAAAGAUCUGUUGAGGAAAUUUUGGAAAACAGUAUUUGAGGGGAAAAAGUUUGUAGACGUUGAAAAAGUUUUGGAACAACUUUGUAAAGUUCCUUAAAAGAAGCUUUUUGGGGAAAAAAUUGAAUUUUUUUUGGGGAUAGUUUGCAGCAGAUAUGGCUGUUUAUACCUUGACUAGUUUCUCCUUGUUAAGUCUGUUGUCGUUUGGAUAUUUGUCUUGGGAGUGGAUGAAACCGGACCCGAGCGGGAAGAAGGCGACGGGGGUGAACGGCUCCGCGGGCAAGCCCCAUAUCAUCUUCAUCCUGGCGGAUGACCAAGGCUUUCACGACAUAGGGUACCACAACCCGGAGAUCCACACCCCUACGAUGGACAGGCUGGCGGCGAAAGGCGUUAAACUGGAGAACUAUUACAUCCAACCCAUCUGUACCCCUUCCAGGAGUCAGCUGAUAACGGGAAGGUACCAGAUACACACGGGGCUCCAGCACUCCAUCAUUCGGCCUAGGCAGCCGAACUGCCUGCCCCUAGACCAGGUAACGCUGCCCCAGAAGUUGCAGGAGGCCGGCUAUUCCACCCACAUGGUCGGCAAGUGGCACCUGGGCUUCUAUAAGAAGGAAUGCCUGCCCACCAGGAGGGGCUUCGACACGUUCUUUGGCACUCUGACGGGCAGCACGGACUACUACACGUACGACAACUGCGACGGCCCUGGGGUGUGCGGCUUCGACCUGCACGACGGCGAGAACGUGGCCUGGGAGUACAGCGGGAAGUACUCCACCUCCCUCUACGCGCAGAAGGUGGCCAAGAUCCUGGCGUCGCGGAGCCCCGCCGAGCCCCUCUUCAUCUACGUGGCCUUUCAGGCCGUCCACACGCCCCUGCAGUCGCCCAAGGAGUACAUCUACCAGUACCGUUCCUACGGCAACGUGGCGCGCCGCAAGUACGCCGCCAUGGUCACCUGCUUGGACGAGGCUGUCAGGAACAUCACCCUGGCCCUCAAGCGGUAUGGUUACUAUGACAACAGCAUACUCAUCUACUCGACGGACAACGGGGCCCAGCCCUUCUCGGGGGGCAGCAACUGGCCGCUGCGGGGCCGUAAGGGGACGUACUGGGAGGGGGGCAUCCGAGGGGUGGGCUUUGUCCACAGCCCCCUGAUCGAGAAGAAAGGGAGGGUGAGCAGGUCGCUGGCCCACAUCACCGACUGGUACCCCACCCUGGUCUCGUUGGCGGGCGGUAAUCUGAGUGGGGUGAGCCCUCCCCUGGACGGACACAACCUCUGGCCCACCAUUAGCCGGGGUAAGAAAUCUCCCCGGAGGGAGAUAUUGCAUAACAUCGACCCCUUGCACACCCCAGCCAGGUCUGGCUCCUGGGAGGAGGGGCAGGGCCUCUGGAAUACUGCAGUCCAGGCUGCCAUCCGGCAAGGAGACUGGAAGCUCCUGACAGGAGACCCCGGCUACGGGGACUGGAUACCCCCUCAGACUCACCCCAGCCUGCCUGGCACGUGGUGGAACCUGGAGCGGCAGAGGCUGGGUCACCGGCAGGCUGUCUGGCUCUUCAACAUCACGGCCGACCCCUACGAGAGGGAGGAAGUGUCUGCCCGCCACCCAGCCGUGGUCCGCAGGUUGCUGGCCCGACUGGCCCGCUACCACAGGACCUCGAUCCCCGUGCGCUACCCAGCCGACGACCCCCGGGCCAACCCUGAGCUCCAUGGCGGCGCCUGGAUGCCCUGGGCUGGCGAGGACGAGGGGGAGCCGCGGGGCGAGGGCGCGGUCAGCAGAGCCGGGCAGAAGAAGCGGAAGUCGUGCAAGAUCUGCAAGCUGAAGUCUUUCUUCAAGAAACUCAACUGGAGGAUAAUGUCAAAUCGGAUCUAGGGAGGGCUGUGGUCUGUAGACCAUCAGCCCGGUGCUGCACGCUGCCCGGAGGCAGCAUGAACCGUAAACCGUGCCUGGAUGUACCAGCACACAGAUGUUGGCAACAUCUGCCUCCCCUGCUCCUGAGGCCUUCUAAGGUCCCUUCUAAAUGCUGAGUCCCUAACACGCUCAGAGACCACUUUAUUAGGUACACUGCUUGUUAAAUAUGUAAUUGGCCAAUCGUGUGGCAGAAACUCAAUGCAUAAAAGCAUGCAGACAUGGUCAAGAGGUUCAAUUGUUGUUCAGACCAAACAUCAGAAUGGGGAGGAAAUGUGAUCUAGGUGACUUUGACCGUGGAAUGAUUGUUGGUGCCGGGUGGGGUGGUUUGAGUGUCUCAGAAACUGCUGAUCUCCUGGGAUUUUCACGCACAACAAUACUAGAGUUUACAGAGAAUGGGGUGAAAAACAAACAAAAAUCCAGUGAGCCUUGUUAAUGAGAGAGGACAAAGGGGAAUGGGCAGUCUGGUUGAAGCUGACAGGAGGAGGACAGUAACUCAAAUAACCUCACGUUACAACAGUGGCGUGCAGAAGAGCAUCUCUGAACGCACAUGGCAGACCUUGAAGUGGCUGGGCUACAGCAGCAGAAAAGCACAUCAGAUUCCACUCCUGUAUCUACAGUACCUAUAAAAAGUAUUCACCCCCCCCCCUUGGAAGUUUUCAUGUUUUAUUGUUUUACAAUAUUGAAUCACAGUGGAUUUAAUUUGGUUUUUUGAUACUGAUCAACAGAAAAAGACUCUUUCAUGUCAAAGUGAAAACAGAUCUCUUGAAGGGAUUGAGUAAUUAUGCAAUCAAUUAUUUUGUGUUUUAUAUUUGUAAUUAAUUGAGAUCACUUUGUAGAGAUCUGUUUUCAGUAUUUAGUAGAUGCACCUUUGGCAGCAAUUACAGCCUUGAGUCUGUGUGGAUAGGUCUCUACCAGCUUUGCACAUCUGGACACUGCAACUUUUCCCCUUUCUUCUUUAUAAAACUGCUCAAGCUCUGUCAAAUUGCAUGGGGAUCGUGAGUGAGCAGCCCUUUUCAAGUCCAGCCAGAAAUUCUCAAUUGGAUUGAAGUCUCGAACUUGAUUUGGCCACUCCAGGACAUUAACUUUGUUGUUUUUAAGCCAUUCCUGUGUAGCUUUGGCUUUAUGCUUGGGGUCAUUGUCUUGUUGGAAAACAAAUCUUUCCCUCAAGUUGAAGUUCACCAGGUUUUCUUCCAGGAUUUCCCUGUAUUUUGCUGCUUUCAUUUUUCCCUCUAUCUUCACAAGCCUUCCAGGGCCUGCUGCAAUGAAGCAUCCCCACAGCAUGAUGCAGCCACCACCAUGCUUCAUGGAAGGGAUGGUGUGUUGUUGAUAAUGUGUGGUGUUAGGCUUACGCCAAACAUAGCGUUUAGUCUGAUGGCCAAAAAGCUCAAUUUUGGUUUCAUCAGACCAUAGAAUCUUCCAGCUGACUUCAGAGUCUCCCACAUGCCUUCUGGCAAAUUCUAGCUGAGAUUUCAUGUCAGUGGUUUUCUCUUUGCCAGUCUCCCAUAAAGCUGUGACUGGUGAAGCACCCGGGCAUCACAGUCUCUCCCAUCUCAGCCACUGAAGCUGGUAACUCCUCCAGAGUUGUCACAGGUCUCUUGGUGGCCUCCCUCACUAGUCCCCUUCUUGCACGGUCACUCAGUUUUUGAGGACGGCCUGCUCUGGGCAGAUUUACAGCUGUGCCAUAUUCUUUCCAGUUCUUGAUGAUUGACUUAACUGUACUCCAGGGGAUAUUCAGUGACCUGGAAAUGUUCUUGUAUUCAUCCCCUGACUUGUACUUUUCAAUAACAUUUUCACAGAGUUUCUUGGAGUGUUCUUUGGUCUUCAUGGUGUAGUUUUUGCCAGGAUACUGACUCACCAGCGGUUGGACCUUCCAGAUCCAGGUGUAUUUUUACUACAAUCAAUUGUAACACCUUGACUGCACACAGGUCUCCAUUUAACUAAUUAUGUGACUUCUAAAACCAAUGGGCUGCACCAGUGAUGAUUUGGUGUGUCAUAUUAAAGGGGGUGAAUACUUACGCAAUCAAUUAUUUUGUGUUUUACCUUUGUAAUUAAUUUAGAUCACCUUGUGGAGAUCUGUUUUCGCUUUGACAUAAAAGUCUUUUUCUGUUGAUCAGUGUCAAAACAGCUAAAUUAAAUCCACUGUGAUUGUGUUGUAAAACAAUAAAACAUGGAAACUUGCAAGGGGGCAGGGUGAGUACUUUUUUAGGCACUGUGGUAAAAGGGUCACAAAGUGUAAGGUCUUUUCCAAAUGCUGAGGUUGUGUAAGGUCCCUUUUAACUGCUCCGAUGGCUGGAAGCUUGGUCUGCGAAUCACUGUGAGCCCGCUGCAGGCCUGUCCCAGGCUUAGAGGACUAUGUAUGUGCUUGUGUGUGGUUGGGAGGGAGGAAUGGGGCUUGUUCUGCUGCUGUUUUCUUGCUUGUUGUGCUCAGUAUCGUUCUGCUGAACACUGUGGGCGUGCUAUGUUGGCGCUGGAAUAUAUGGACACACUUGCAGGCUGCUCCCGGCACAUCCUUGGGUACGUUGGUUGUUCGCUCAAAUAACGCAUUUCACUGUAUGUUUUGAUGUACACGUGAUAGAUAAAGCUGUCAAAUGUAACCUGUGCAGUUGCAAAGUCUUUAUAAAGCAUUGGUCAGACUGCAUCAGGAAUAUUGUGAGCAGUUUUGGGCCCUUGCUGGUAUUGGAGGGGGUCCAGGGGAGGUUCAUGGGAAUGAUUCUGGGAAUGAAAGGGUUAACGUAGGGAGAGCACUGUACUCACUUACAGAGUACAGAGAAGAUUUACUAGAAUGUUACCUGUGUUUCAUCACCUAAGUUACAGAGAAAGGUUGAACAAGUUGGGUCUUUAUUCUUUGGAACGUAGAAGGUUGAGGGGGGACUUGAUAGAGGUAUUUAAAAUUAUGAGGGGGAUAGAUAGGGUGGACGUGGAUAGGCUUUUUCCAUUGAGAGUGGGGGAGAUUCAAACAAGAGGACAUGAGUUGAGAGUUAAAGGGCAACAGUUUAGGGGUAACAUGAGGGGGAACUUCUUUACUCAGAGAGUGGUAGCUGUGUGGAAGGAGCUUCCAGCACAAUUUGUUGAGGCAGGUUCGAUGUUGUUGUUUAAAGUUAAAUUGGAUAGAUAUAUGGAGAGGAAAGGAAUGGAGGGUUUAUGGGCUGAGUGCGGGUCGGUGGGACUAGGUGAGAGUAAGAGUUCGGCACGGACUAGAAGGGUCGAGAUGGCCUGUUUCCGUGCUGUAAUUGUUAUAUGGUUAUAUGGUUAAAAGAAUUGAAACCUAUCAAGUACUGAGAAGUCUAGAUAGAGUAGAUGUGCAGAGGACGUUUUCUGUAGUAGGGUGUCUAGGACCAGAGGGUACAGCCUCAAUAGAGGGGUGUCCAUUUAGAACAGAGAUAAGGAGGAAUUUCUUUAGCAAGAGGGUGGUGAAUCUGUGGAAUUCGUUGCCACAAACUGCUUUGGUGGCCAGAUCAUUGGGUACGUUUAAAGUGGACUUUGAAAGGUUCUUGAUUAGAUAUGGGUGUUAUUUUCAGCAAAGUUGCCCAGGGUUAAUGGAGGCAAGCCAAAUUUCUCCAGCCUCCUGAGGAAGUAGAGGUGUUGGUGAGUUUUCUUGGCCUUGGCCAAUAACAUUAAAUUUUCUUGGUUAAAUGUUGUUAAAGUACCUGCCUCGACCACUUCCUCUGGCAGUCAUUCUAUGUAGACACAGCCCUCUGUGGGGAAUCUGACCACUCAGGUUUCUGCUGAAUCUUUUCCCUCUCACCUUAAACCGAUGCCUCUAGUUCGUGAUUCCCCAACCCCGGUGAACAAAGACUGCAUUCAUAAACACGAGAUUCUGCAGAUGCUGGAAAUCCAGAGCAACUCGCACAAAAUGCUGCAGGAACUCAGCAGGUCAGCUGGCAGCGAUGGAGGGGAAUUAACAGUCAAUGUUUUGGGCCAAGACCCUCCUUGAGGACUUCAAAGAAAGGGGCAGAUGCCAGAAUAAGAAA